AACUGUGAAAACUAGAAAACUGACAGAUAUCUUGUGAUUUAAUUUAAAUUUGAAUUAUUUUGACUUUUUAAUUAUAUAUUUUAAAGUUUGAUUAUAAAUUGGUAUUUGAAUUUCGGUUUUUGUUAUUUUAAUUAAAGUGCAGUUUAUUACAAUAUUUUUUAAUUUAAUAGGUAUUGUAAUUUGUAAUAUUCCAAAUAUGUUAAGUCUAAGUAAAUGUUUAUGUGGUAUAAGCACAAAGAUGAAUCCCAAUUUUACAGUUGGCAAAACAUUGCUAUUAAAAUCCAAACAACUAUCCAUCACUCAUCAACCAUCCAUUCACAAAACAUCAAUAUCAUCAAAUUUAAAUUUAAAUUUGUUGAAAAAAUCUUUUAGUAACAUUCAAAAAGUAGAAACCGAUCCGAAAUAUGUUGGUUAUUGGUUUCUUGGUUGCAGUGGAAUGGUUUUUGUAGCUGUUGCUCUUGGUGGAAUUACUAGACUAACAGAGUCUGGACUAUCUAUGGUUAGUUGGAAACUUUUGGGUGAAAAAUUACCUACUACUCAGACUCAAUGGUUGGAAGAAUUCAAUAAUUAUCAACAAUAUCCUGAAUUCAAAAUGAAAAAUGCUUCUAUGACUAUAGAAGAGUUCAAAUGGAUAUGGUGGAUGGAGUAUGCACACAGAACUUGGGGACGAUGCAUAGGUGCUGCAUUUUUUAUUCCUAUGGCCGGUUUCUGGUUAACUCGCAAAUUCAGCCGUACUACUAAAAUACAUUCUAUGAUUUGUUCCGUAUUGUUAGCCGGACAAGGUUUGAUGGGUUGGUAUAUGGUUAAAUCUGGUCUAGAAAAUAGAUUUGACAAGCCCACAGAUGUUCCAAGAGUAUCACAGUAUAGAUUGGCGUCUCAUCUGGGUUUAGCAUUUGUGUUAUAUUCAUUUCUUUUAACAAACUCAUUACGUAUUCUUCUACCAGUUACAGUAACUGGAUUUGUUACUAAGAAGUUUGUGGGAUUGGCAAUGGCAGCUAAAGGAUUAGUCUUUUUAACCGCUAUGUCUGGUGCAUUUGUUGCUGGAUUAGAUGCUGGAUUGGUUUAUAAUUCUUUUCCAAAAAUGGGUGAUAAAUGGAUACCAGAUGAUAUAUUGCAAAUAGAACCUGUUCUUAGCAACAUUACAGAGAAUCCUACGACAGUGCAAUUUGACCACAGAAUAUUGGGAAUAAGUACUGUUUCAAUUUUGUCAGCUUUAUAUAUUAUGUCACGUAAAAGUAAGCUGCCUCCAAGAGCUAAGGCGGCUGCCACUGCUUUAGCAGUAUUUUCAUGGUGUCAAAUGGGGUUAGGAAUUUCUACACUUCUUACUUAUGUUCCGGUUUCACUAGCUGCUGCUCAUCAGUCAGGCUCGUUAACAUUACUUUCACUUGCUUUAUGGCUUGUACAUGAACUUAAAACAUUACCUAAAGUAUAAACUAUUAGAUUAUUUUUUGUGUAAUAUAAGAUUAAAAUAAAGUGUAGAGUAAUUAUGUAUAAAUGAUUAAAUAUCUGUUUUAAUAAAAAUAUUUUUCACUAUC